AUGUCGCCCGGCCCUCAAAUUCCCGUCCCCGACAACUGCACGGCCGUGUCCCUCGAGUGCCCCGUCGAAGGCACCGUAUAUGGCUACUACCCCUCUCUCGGCGCGAACGCCUUCUUCGCCGCCUUCUUUGGCCUCUGCGCCCUUCUCCAGCUCGCCUUCGGCAUAAAAUACAAAACAUGGACCUACAUGAUCGCGCUCGUGCUCGGCUGCGCGGGCGAAUGCGCAGGCUACGUGGGCCGCGUCCUCCUCCACAACAACCCUUACGAUGAAACGGGCUUUCAGAUCCAGAUCGUACUGCUCAUCUUCUGCCCAGCGUUUCUGGCGGCGGGCAUUUAUCUCACGUUGAAGCAUGUCGUGCUUAGCUUUGGCGAGGAGUGGAGCAGGCUCAGACCGAGUUGGUAUACUUAUAUCUUCAUUGCGUGCGAUAUAAGCAGUUUGGUGCUGCAGAGUGUGGGUGGGGGAGUUGCGGCAACCGCAGAUGAUUCGGAUAGGAAGGCGUUGGAUGCUGGCACGGACAUAAUGAUUGCGGGUAUUAUUUGGCAGGUAAUUGUUCUCGUCGUCUUUGCCGCCUUCGCCACCGAAUACGCUAUCCGCACCUACCGCCGCCGCGACCAGCUCUCCGCCUCCGCCUCCAGCCUUUUGUCCAGCAUGCGCUUCCGCCUCUUCGCCGCCUCCGUUAUCGUAGCUUACAUCGGCAUCCUCAUUCGAUGCGUCUACCGUAUCCCCGAGCUGGUGGAGGGCUGGGGCAGCGACAUGAUGCGGCAAGAAGGAGAGUUUAUCGCUCUCGAAGGCGUCAUGAUUGUCAUCACAGUAGCGGCGCAAACUAUCUUCCAUCCCGGGUACUGCUUCCCGGCUCUGGCGAGUACAUUCGGGAAGAAAGGGCAAAAGAGCAUUUCGGAAAGCGAUGUGGAGAUGAUGGAGCCCCGCUCUUGA